CCAUCAAAAUAUGAGAAUGGAGAACGGGUUUUACUAAAGCUCUCUACACUGGACGGCAAGUGGAAAACGUCUUGCGGGAUUCGAUUUUUUAUCCCUAUAUAUCCUGUAACGUGGAGUGAAGCUCUAAAUUAUUGUUGUUCGUUGGGGAUGCGUCUCGUCUCUGUCCAGUCUUACGAAAAGUUAGCUUGCAUGAAUGGCUUUCUCGAGGAAAAUACCGAGUACUGGACGUCAGGCACCAACUCUGGAUGUAAAAACAACCGAUUCAGAUGGUGCUCACCUGAAUUCAAUGACUUUGUUAAACAAAGUGAAUAUUUUAAUGAGAGUCUACCAGUGAAUGCAUAUAAGAUCGGAGAAAACAAUAUGUAUUGCGUGAAAGCGCAAAAUUUUAAGUUGGGAAGGACAGCUUUAAAGGUUGAGAGCUGUGAAAAGUUAAUGAAGGCAAUUUGCGAAGUUCGUGUAUUGGCAGAAUCAUAUUUGCAAGAAAUAUAUAAUGAAUGCAAAUUAACCCAUCAAGUUUCACAGCGUGAUAUCAGUAAAUUUAAUACCACUGAUGUGGACAGUUUUUCCUACAAAAUGAAGUGUUUUUCGACAUGCAUGGCAGAACUUCUGGGACUGAUGUACGAUGGAAGUAAAUUUUGGGAGGAGAGGAUAGAAAAAUUGCUCAGCACUUUUAAAAUGCCUCAAGUCGUCUAUCAGGAUUUUCGUGAAAUUGCAAAUAAAUUCUCAUUAAGUCUUCUCAAGAGAGGAGCAGAUAAUUUAGACACACUUCAAUUGAUUUAUAAUCAACAAAGCAAAGAAAAGGCAUGGAAAUCAACCCUUUUUGUAACUGAAGCACUCGACCGGUUUUGGGAAUGCAACCAGAAAAUGAAAGACUAUAAUUCGAAAGGAGAGUGUUCUUUCAUCCACGACUUCAUCAAAUGCUUCACUAAUAAAUCUGAUUCACUGGAAAAGUUUUGGAACAAAGAUUUCCAUGACAUAUUCGAUCCAAAAGAUUACAGCAAAUUAGUGCCAAUGGAUGGACUAGAUGUAAUUUAUGGAAUGAUCUUUAAUCCCAAUUCAGAUAGCAAAAAAUCUGUAGAGGUGGUGAAUAAAAUAUCUUAUGAUGAGGAAGUAAUCAGCUCGGGCUGCACCUACCGAUAUUUGCGACCGAAAAUUUUGACUUUUAAUAAUGCUUGCUCUGCGAAAGACACAAAUUUCGUAACGACUCCCGUGGAAAACAUUUUAAUGUAUAAACACGUCAACAAUGAAAAGCGCUAUCCCCCGUUGGUUGCAGCCGCCGCGUGUGCUCGAGCAAACGGAAGCCUCGUCACAGUGACAGACUCCAACGUCGCAAGCAUGAAAAUUCUUAACAGAUUUUCGCUCAACGCAACCAAGAGCAGUUCUAGCAAUGACUAUGACAUGAUGCAUUUAGUUCCUGACUCGAUUCUCCUGGACGAGACUUACUUGGAUUCUGGAAACGUUACUCGCUGGUGCAGCACCUCAGAGGAGGUUCCCAACUCUUUGUUUAAACCAAACCAAGAGAUAAGCUAUUAUCUCUACCUAAAUUAUAACGUUCAAACUGAUGCCAUGUUUAUUUUCCUCAGCAAUAUCUUUCAAGAUGAAAAUUUAUGUGACGUUCCCACAUUUUUCUGCGCAUUUGACAAGUCAUUUUUAACUCUGUGCAAAAAGAGCAAUUGAAAAAGAGCAAAAAAUGUUUUGCUUUCAUCUUUAUUCGUGUGAUAAUUUAGAGCUCAAUGAGGGAAAAUACAAUUUGGGCAGAUGGUCAUAUUAUUUCCAUUGCGUGUUAAACUUUUCCAGGUUGUGGGAUUUUUUUGGUUCGCCUCUUUCGAAAUUAGGAUUAAAGAAAUGAAAAAAUUC